AUGCGACUCGUCGUAUCCUCCGGGAAACGCGAUAGCGUAACAAGAAAACGAGGUCGUUCCAAAUGCAAUUGCGAAAUCAGCAAAAGCCUGCGAGUCAUUAAUCAGGAAAGAAAACGAGUCUCGUUGUCUACGACGUCGUUGUGCAGGCAGACGUCUUCCCGCUGUAAUCUAAAACGCGCGAUGAGGAAAUCGCGUAACCGUUCGGCCCGGAAACGUUCUCCCCGGCACCCGACUGACGAAAUUCCUCGCCAUUCAGGAGGGUCGUUGUUGCCCGAGCACUUGUUGCCCGAGUCUCUGGAAGGGUCAGCAGCGCCGGUCUUUCUAGAGGAGCCGAAGGACGCGUUCGUGAUCCGGAACCGACCUGCGCGACUGUACUGCAAGGCCGCGCAUGCGCUGAAAGUGUACUUCCAGUGCAGCGGAAGCUGGGGCAAAGACAAACACGAGGAAAGUGGGCUCGUGGACCCGAUGACCGGGAUCCGGCAGACAGAAAGCCACCUUGACGUUCCUCGCAACGCCCUGGACCAAUAUUUCGGCAAGGAACCGUUUUCUUGCCGCUGCACGGCCUGGUCAUCCACGGGCGAGGUCGUGUCUCGGAAGGCCACCAUCACCGACGCAUCUCGCGAUUUCUCAACCUCUGCUCCGACAGAGAAACAGUUAUCAAAUUGA